GCAGGCUCCGCGCCUCAGCCACGCCAUGGCCGCCGCCAUCUUGCCGCCACCGGGAGCGCGCGGUCAGGGGGCGGGGCCGCGCCUCAGGGCGGCUCCGCGAUUGGGCGCGGCGGCGGAGAGCGCGCGCUCAUUGGUCCGCUGCGAGCGGGAGGCCCCGCCCCGCGCCGCCCUCAGGCGGCCAUGGCGGCGCCGGCGCUGCAGCCGCUGCCGGGGGCUCCGGCCGAGCCCAACCCCUUCUCCUUCCGCGAGUUCGUCCGCUCCAAGUGCCGCGGCGGGGACGCGCAGCCCGCUGUCCCCUCCGCAGGCCGGGCCCGCGGUGCCGCCGCUGCCCGCGGUGCCCGCGGGGUCGGGGGACGAGCAGGAGGAUGAGGAUGAGGAAUGGAGCGACAGCUACCAGCCGCUGGCCGUGGAGCAGGCGCACCUGGGCAGCGCCGGAGCCGCGGCGGGGCCGGGCCGGGCCCCGAGCUACGAGCAGCUAAAAGAAGAGAAUGCUGUCUUGAGAAGCAAGAUCAAUAAGCUUCAGAUUCUGGCUGAAACUCAAGCAGACAAGAUGAGGAAGCUUGAGAAGAAGCUUGAGGAAAACAAAAUCAAAGAAGAGAAGGAAGCACAGGAUUUGGAAGCAAUGGUGCAGCAUGUGGAGCAGAACCUGCAGCUGAUGACUAAAAGGGCUGCCAAGGCUGAGAACAGUGCUGCCAAACUGAGGCAGGAGAAUGCCCAGCUGCAGGCAGCUGCUGUCUGGGGCAGAAUCCCUGCAGCUCGUGGCCGAUCUCCUGAACUCCAUAGACAGAAUCUCCGAGGUGGCAGAGCAGGAGCAGUGAGCGCCUCACGCAGCACGCAGGACUUUGUUUUCAUACGGAAACCAUUACUAAAAAGUGAAUUUUUCAUACUUGGCCUCAUUCUGACGCGUCAAACUGCACACCUGGCUCUCCAUCCCUGAGCCGGCAGCGCCGCUCCCGCGGGGCCGGGAGCGCGGCCCCUCCUCCGGGACACCGGCGGGCGGAGCGCCGCGGGCUCGGCUGCGGCUCCCGCUGCCGCUCGGUGCUCGGCCGGGGACGGGGAAGGCCCGUGGGGCGGUGGCGGUUCCCGGUGCCACUGCAGGCGGGGUCCCGGUGUCCCGGUGCCACUGCAGGCCAUGUCCUGGUGUCAUUGAAGUCUGUAUCCCACUGUCCCAGUGCCAUUGAAAGCCAUGCCCCAAUGUCCCCGUGCCAUUAAAGGCCGUGUCCCCAUGUCCUGGUGCCACUGAACGCUGAUGUCCCGGUAUCCCGGUGUCACUGCAGGCCCUGUCCCCGUGUCCCGGUGCCACUGUAGGCCGUGUCGCGGUGUCCCGGUACCGCUGCAGGCCGUGUCCGGUGUCCCCGUGUCACUGCAGGCCGUGUCGCGGUGUCCUGGUGCCAUUGAAGGCCGUGUCCGGUGUCCCCGUGUCACUGCAGGCCGUGUCCGUGUCCCUGUCCCGG